AAAGCAAAACUAUGGCAACCAAGGCAUCAAACGACGAAGCUGCCGCCGCCGCCGUGGCAACGGUGGCCGAAAAGGCACCCAUUACAGCAGAGAGGAAGGUCCGUACUGAUUUGGAGACUAAGCUUCAUAACCCAUACAUGCCUCGAGCUCUGGCAGCACCUGAUACAGAAAACGUUAAUGGCACUACUCGGAGUGUUCAUAAACAUCAAAACAUGUCAGUUCUCCAACAACACGUAGCCUUCUUUGACCAAAACAAUGAUGGUAUUAUAUACCCUUUGGAGACUUUUAGAGGGUUAAGAGCAAUGGGAUUCAAUGUAGUUUCAUCUUUCAUGUUCGUGAUUUUUAUUCAUGGAGCAAUGAGUUAUGUUACUCUGCCUACAUGGAUACCUUCGCCAUUCUUUCCAAUAUACAUAAAGAACAUACACAAAGCUAAGCAUGGAAGUGAUUCAGAUACAUUUGACACAGAAGGAAGAUACAUUCCUUCAAACUUUGAGAACUUGUUUAGCAAAUAUGCUCGUACAGUGCCUGAUAAGCUUAGUUUUUGGGAACUUUGGCAUAUGACUGAAGCUAACCGAAAUGCUCUUGAUGUCUUUGGCUGGAUUGCAAGUAAAUUUGAAUGGGGAGUUCUAUAUGUGCUUGCCAAGGAUGAAAGAGGCUUCCUAUCAAAGGAAGCUGUGAGACGUUGUUUUGAUGGAAGUUUAUUUGAAUAUUGUGCAAAGAUGAGAAGUGGUGGAGAUGUUGGAAAGAUGGAUUAGGUUACAAAUACACUACUACUUCUCAUCUUAAUUUUUUCACAAUUGUCUAGCUACUUCAAAAUCCUCCCUCAUUAGGGUUUUAUGUUGUAAUAAUAAGUUGCUUAUUAUAACA